AUGUCCGCUCCCACUGAUUACCACCCUUCCCUCGAUGACCCCAACGCAUGGGUACCUUAUCGCUACAAUCCGUCUCUUGCAGCAGCGGUAAUUUUCCUCAUCGCAUUCACCAUAGCGACAGGCUGGCAUGCCGUGACCUUAUUCCGACGACGGACAUGGUACUACACUCCAUUUCUAAUCGCAGGUAUCUUCGAAAUAGUAGGCUACUGUGGUCGCAUCGCCUCAACGAAAGAUCUGUGGGCACUCAGUCCAUAUAUCAUCCAGAGCAUCUUGCUGCUUGUUGCUCCAGCACUCUUCGCAGCUUCGAUAUACAUCGUCCUCGGCCGCAUUAUCCGCUUCACAGGCGGCGAGCGCUACUCACUCGUGCCAGUAAAGUGGUUGACGAGAGCCUUCGUUGCUGGUGAUGUGGUUGCGUUCCUGGCCCAAAUGACUGGCGGCGGCAUCCAGGCAGGCGGCACAAUUUCCUCGCUCAACCUCGGUGAAAAAAUCAUCAUUGUCGGUCUCUUCCUCCAGGUCAUCUUCUUUGGCAUCUUCAUCACCGUAGCCACGGUCUGGCACCUGCGCUUCAAUCGUCAAACUGCCGUCCAGCUCAAUGCCAAGCGUGAUGUUCUAUGGAGAAAGUACAUGUGGUCGUUAUAUGGCGGAUCAGCUCUCAUCAUGAUCCGGUCCAUCUUUCGCAUUAUCGAGUACCUUAUGGGUAACGACGGCUUCCUCCUGCGCCAUGAGUACCUCUUGUACAUCUUCGACGCCCUGCUCAUGUUCCUGGUCAUGGUGUUAUUCUUGUGGCUGCACCCGAGCAAAUUGACCAUGUUCGAGACCAGCGAUGUACAGCCGGGUCAUGACAUGGAGGAAGGCGGACAAGUAGCUGCCAGAACAGCUGGACAUCGGCCUAUAAGCCAAAGCACUUCUAGCGAGCGGAAGACUUUGCUCGGCAGAUUUAUGCCAAGCAAGCGGUAA